AAGUAUUUCAGGAAGCAUCGAUCAGCUAAGAUAAAUAGUGCAAACAUUUAACGCGAACAAAUUCAUCAACGAUUCUAUUUUAUUAAAUUUUUCUACUUCUAUUUCUCAUUGUAAACUGUGUAAAAGAUGGAAAAAAUAUGAUAAGUUAAUAUUUUAAUCCAUAUAUUUUUCAACGUUAGUUUUCAAGGCUGUUAAUUUGAAAGGAAAAUGUGCUGUUCUGUGAAAGAUAUAUAAAAAAAAAAAGAACGUUUUGGAAUUUGGAGGAUUUGAGAUUCGCUGGUUGUCGGUCCAACAGAAGGCUCGACUUUGGAGAACACCUUGGUGGGGCCUGUUGACGCGCUGGUUGGAAAGAAGGCAUGCACGAAAGCACGAAGUCGUAAAGGCGAGCGUUCAGUUGUUAAUGCGCCUCCGACAGAGUAACUUAGUGAAAAUUUAUUUUUCAUUAUUUUCACACGUUUUCACGAGCUUAUUAAUUUAUGUAUCAAAACAUGAAAGAACGAUCGUAGAAAAGUUCCGAGCGAGUUUUCGCUCGAUCUUCGCACUUAAAAGACAACAACGAGUGAGAGAAGAAAACGAAUCGACGAAUUGAAAGAAAAAAGAAAAAAACUUGCCGACACAAGAAAUUCACGUGAAUAUAAAAUACUUAGCAAUUGUCUUUCGGAUCUAAAAAAAGAAUCGACACUAAAUAUUAAAACAAAAGAUCAUCUUUCUUUCUCGAAAAAAUACAAAAAGAAUAAUAGUAUAUAAACAACGAUCAAAAAACGACUGAGAAAGCAGGUGUAGAAGAAUGAUGAGAAAUAAAUGAAGGUGGAACACAGGUGCAAUCGCAGGUAGUUGUUUUACUCAUAUCUAUUCGCUCACAGCGUGUUCAGUCGAGCUUGCAGAAGCAACGGAAGUGGGAAAAGGGAGAAGGGACAUCCAGGAUGUCCGAAGAGUUGCGCACGCAACAUUUAGGGACGCUGUCACACGAAGAGUAUACUAUGCAAACCGAAGAGGAAACUCAGUAUGCUCCAAGGAGCCGACCUGUCAGCUUUUAUGAUAAUUUUAAGGACGUACAAGUUAUGCCAACAUGUGUGACCUCUGCGAUGAGUGUUGGUAAUUUGAGUCAGGUUCGAGAAAACGAUACUACUUCAUCGAGCAUACCACAAAGUAGUAACAAUAAUAAUAAUAAUAAUAGGGUGAGCAGUGCGAUGAGUGCUGGUAACGUUUCCAAGAUUCAGAUUGUUAGAGUUACAGGUGCUCUUUCGAUGGGUAAUAUUGGUAAAACAUAUCGAACGGAUAAAACCGAUAAAGAACUUGGGCGAGCUCCUUCUAUGGCCAAUUGUUUGUCAACCACAGUUCCCGUUAAUCUAGCUGCUUCGCAAAUAGCAGGUCGACACACACCCACCAGAAAUUCCCUCAGGCACAGCAGAAUGAUCGUGCUGAAUCGAAGUGGGCAGAGAGCACAAAAAUUCUUACCACCAUUAGUUUAUCAUCGACAAUUGGCUAGGUGUUUGGCAGCAUUACAGACCAUUCUUGGGAUUGCUAUUACUUCAUUGUCGUUAUGGUUGUUAUUGUGGGCUCCAAAUUUACCUAUAGCUGAUAAUCCAUAUUGGAGUGGAAUGCCUUUAUUACUUUCUGGAAGUUUCGGCGUGUGUUUGCUUUGUUGCUUCAAGAAAGAGUAUCCAGGUAUGAAUCCUGGUUUCUGCUUAACAUUGACGAAGACAAUCAGUACUUUACUUGCAAUUUCUGCAUCUGUGACGUGUGUCCUGGCAUGCAUCUCAGCAACCAUGCAUCUGGCACAUCUUAUGAGGCUAGAAUGUACACCAGCACGUGUCCUCAACGCCACAUGUGUUUGUAGGCCACGAGAACAAACAAAUGUUACGGCUAGCGAAGCAUCGGUCAAAUAUAUGGAUUUGAACUGUCCCGAAGUUGAGAGUAUUUUAACAAUACUUCUCAUCUUUUCUUCAACGUGUAAUGCUUUUGGUGCCAUCAUCGCUGGAUGGUAUAGUUAUCUUCAUUGGAGUACUCGACGAAAGAGACCAAAAUAUGUACCUGUUAGAACGAGGACAUUCGAUUCGACCAGGUGAUACCUGAUUAAAUUUCAAACAAUUUUUCACCAAAGUAUUCGACGAAAAAUUGUGACGUAGAGAAAGGGACCAAUCUACGUAUUUUUUAAUCGAGAAGAACUAUGAGUAAUCAAAAUAUUCAAUGCAAACGAUUCAGAAAAGUACAAUGGCUAUUAAAACAUUUCUUGAAUCGUUAUUGUUAUUGUCAUCGACGCACGACGCACAUGUGUACAUAAAGUACAGUAUUUAUUUAGAAAUUUCUAAUACGUUCCAUAGUACGUAUGGAAUAUCUUAAGUUCGCGUAUGUACGCGAAUACAAAUUUAUUUGUACUCGUAUUUUCGAUCGAAAGGAAGUUUCAUCGAUUAGUUAAAUUUAUUUACGCGCAUGUAUUUAUUAUAUCGAAAGAACAGAACGAAAGACUUCUACUCUAUACCUCAGCGUAUUAGAUUUUAAUACAUACUUCGACACUUGCAAGCGCAUAAGCUAACAUAUUUUAUGUAUAUAUUUUAUAGUUGAAGAAAAUUACGUGGGUUAUGGGACGAAAUAAGUUAUUGUCAGUAUUAAUAUUAUUUUAAUCAAAAUUGUGCCCAUGUUAAUUCAAUUUAAGAUUGAUGAUCAUAUUGAUAACUUUAUAAUAAUAGAUUACAUUCCUUCUUUAUGAUCAGUCGGUCUGAUUUUUUUCAUUUAAUGAAUGAGAAUUACUCUUUCUUGUUUUAUCUUCGACCUCAUUUAUUCGAAUCUCUGGUAUAAUUGCAUCCUUGCUCGACGGUGAUACUAAAGAAUCGCUGAAGAUAUUUGUUCUAUGUUUUAAAAUGAAAUAUAUAAUACAGAAAAUUAUGAAUGAAAUUUGUGAUAGGUGAUCAUACCUGCCAAAAUUUCGAAUUUCAUACGUUUUUUGACGUAAAUUAAAGUCAUGUGGCAAAGAUUCAGUUUCAGUAUUAGUAAUUCCAACUUCUUCCAAAGUGAUCGAAUAUUUCCUUUCAUGCAUUACCACAUCGUUUAGUUUUUCAAUCGCGAUCGCAGUAUAAGAAUCGUCUAAGUAUCAAGAAAAAACUUAUGAAUUAUUUAUUUUUAACAGUUCACAUAUUUUUUUGUUUAGAUCCAUAUUUAAUAAUCUAAAUAACGUUAAACAUUGAUGUGAUUAAAAAACUAUUGGAAUUUU